AUGCCCGAGCGCCGGACCGCAGCCUCGAGCAGCACAAAUCCCCGUGCCACAAACGUACGCCGUAACCUCUUCCACCAGCACCUCUCCCGCCGUCCCACCACCUCCUCGACGUCGACCUCCGCCGAGACCCUCAGACUAGACAUCGAGCCCGAGUCGGACACCUCGGAUAUCGUUAUUAGGGAUAAGAACGGGGAGUUUGAGGUCGGGGAUCCGCCCAUGGGCUCUAUUGAUGAGCAGGAGGAUGGAAAUGGUGAUGCGCUUGAGGAUGAGAGGGAACGACGGAGGUUGGCGGAUGCUGUGAAGCAUCAUACAAGGGAUAGAAACCGUCCUCCCAGUGAGCCGGCGGAACUCCUCGAAGCUGUAAAGACCAGCCUACGCGCGAAAGUCGCGGCGUUAGCAGAAGAUAAUUGGAUGUACGAGGCAGAGGAAGACACUGUGAUGAGAUAG